AUGUUUAGCACUCUUGCUUUGAAGUAUUGCCAUCAGAUUCUGUACGAUCCGAAAUUCUUGAUAAGAAAAGAAUUCAAGUUUAAAAAACUGCCAAUUAUUGUCAGAAUGUUGAUAAUACAACUAAUGGAUCCAGCUGAACGAUUCGCAUUGAGUCUCACUUCAAAACGGAUGGAAAUCGAAGUGAAAUUGAUCAAGAAACAUAGUUAUUACUUUCAAUUAAGUUAUAUAAAGAAUAGAUUUUCAAGAAAAUUAUUUCUUAUCAGACUGAAUGGAGAGUCAGGAUUUGAAAUAUGCUGUAACAGCUUCGGGUAUAAAAGGAGAAGAGGAGGAUAUCACUGGCUACAAUACAGGAAAGGGACACUCAUUAGAAACACAGCCAUCGCUAUCAACAAAAUGUCUAAUAUUUUUAAUAUGGAUGGUCUCGGAAUUCGAUUCACUGGAAAAACUCCAAGUUUGGUGUUUGUCAAUAAGCUGUUCUCCAAUGACGCUUUCAAGUCAUCUUGGAACAAAAUCACAUUGGAUGGAAUCGAGUUCAAUUCCGAGAUUGUCAACUUCUUUUUGAAUAUGGCGGAUCCCUUUAAAGAAUUUCAAAUUUGCCAUUCUGACAUGCCAUUGGAUUUCAAGCAUAAGAAUGCUUUCAAAUUUGGAUCCAAUGAUUACGGUGAUGCACGAUGGGUCACUUUGAAUGACAUACUGAAAAUCAGAUAUGUGGAAAAUGUGACAUUUGCCAGAACCACACUCACUUCGAAUCAUGUGAGACACUUCAUUUCCUAUUGGAUCAAUUGUCCAGAUGAUAUGUUCUCGUAUAUGAGUAUCAUAGCGAUGGAAACUAUUCAGUUGGGUGGACUAUUCAACGAAUUGAUUGUGUUGGAGUAUCAUGACAGUCCUCGGAGCAUGAUAUACUUCACACUUGCCAAAUCCACUACACGAGACUUCAAGCUGUUAUUUAUUUACCAUGAAGCCAAUUAUGUGGUACUGACUGCAAGGGAACCUUCUGAAAUAGUCAAAUAUGGAAAUCUCGUUAAAGAGUUUAAAAACGUUUAUGAGAUCAUGGAACUGUUGGAGAAGAAGAAAACAUUGGAAAAAGAAUUUGAAGAGACAACUGAUGCAACUAAAUGGAGAGAAUUGAGCAAUCGAAUCCAGGAAUCGAAAAGAAGGAUUCAUGAGUUGGGAGUGGUUUAUCUAGAUGGAAGAGCUACUAUUUAA